AUGCAAGCGUACAAUUGUUUUACAGGUGACAUCAUAUCGCAGUAUUGCUUUGGCGACAGCGAUUGCUACCUUGACCAGGACGACUGGGAGCUGAAUUUUAGAACGCUGGUUGACAACUUCGAACGGAAUCUUCAUAUCUUCCGGCAUAUCCCUGGGCUUGCAACUUUAGUCGAAAGGGUUCCCUUAACCUUGACCAAUUUAUUUUCGACAGAAAUGAAAACCAUUGCUAUCAAUUUCAAGGUGUCUAUUCCCCGGAGAGUUAGAAGAGCGAUGGAUCUUUCACAUGUGUCUGUCGGCAAAGUUCCCACUAUAUUGUCCGCUAUACUGAGCUCAAAUCUUCCGCCACCUGAAAAAACUCUCAGACGUCUCACGGGAGAAGCAGUAUCCUUGAUGGGAGGUGGUACCGAAUCGACUUCGGCAACCUUAGUACUGCUUACGUUUCACUUGCUAUCGAACCCCAAUCAUCACAAGCGGCUUCACGACGAGAUAUCAGCCAUUACAACAGAUCCAUUGCAACUCCCCGACUGGAAGGCUCUGGAGAAACUGAACUUCUUCAGUGCAGUCAUACUAGAGUGUCUGCGCCUUCUUCCAGGUGUCUCAGGGCGCUCUCCCCGGAUUGCAACGCACGAGGAUCUGAUUUACGAGGGAAAGUUAUUCUCGAGUGCAGAUUCCGUAGCUCCCAGCUUAACCUACACCAUUCCUCGAGGGUUCCCUGUCAGUAUGUCGACACACAUCUUGCACACAAACGAGACGAUUUUCCCGAAUGCCAAAGAGUUUGUUCCAGACCGGUGGCUGGAUAAAAAUGGGAACAUCAUUAGAGAGUUGGAGCGAUACCUUCUUAGUUUCUCGAGGGGCAGCCGGCAAUGCGUCGGCAGGCAGUUAGCAAUGUGCGAGCUGUAUGUUUGUGCCGCUGCAAUGAUUCUUCGCGUAUUUCCGUUCUUGGAGCUGUAUCAAGAAAGCUGUAUUGAUGUCGAUUAUGAUCAUGACGAACUGAUCGGCAAGCCAUCACCACGAAGUAACGGUGUGAGGGUACAGGUUCUUGACAGGUGUCGGGAGCCUGAAGCGAAAACGUGA